GAACCAUACCGCGUUGAGCUUCUGAGUUCAUGAGCUGCAACUUUUCCUUUCCACCCGCUGAAAUCUGAAUCCUCAAAUGGUAGCAACAAAGUAAUCUCAUACAGUCAUACUGAAGCUUUGCUGUGGCUACGUCAGGCCGGUGACAUCGGAUCAGUCGGUCACACGGGAAUUUAGAAGCUGCAACCUUUCGUCAGACGAACUGUCUGUUUCUAGCCCACCUCUGCAAUGGCUGAUGGUGCCAAGCUUCUCCUGUGGUUGCUGCUCUUGAGCAGCUCGCCGUGGUGUUUUUGUUCUGAACUUGAUGUCCAAUGCCUGGAGACACUCUAUCGAUCAGUGAUAGAUUCCAACGGCAUACUCCAAUCCUCAUGGACUUUUGUUGACAACGGUACUGACGGGUACAUAUGCAAAUUUACUGGUGUGGAGUGCUGGCAUCCUGACGAGAACAGGGUACUUUCUUUGCGUCUCGGUAACCUAGGACUUCAGGGCCCAUUUCCUCAAGGUCUGCAGAGCUGUACAAGCAUGAUUGGCCUGGAUCUGUCUAGUAACAUUUUUUCAGGACCAAUCCCUGCUGACAUCGCCACGCAGGUUCCCUGUCUAACAUCUUUGGAUCUCUCAUACAACAGUUUUUCAGGUCCAAUACCAGCCAGCAUCUCAAAUAUGACAUACCUGAACACACUCAACCUUCAGCACAACCAAUUCAGCGGUGAAAUUCCAAGGCAAUUCGAUUCAAUUGGCCGGUUGAUUUCGUUUAAUGUUGCUGAUAAUUUACUAUCAGGGCCUAUUCCAUCCUCAUUACAGAAAUUUUCGGCUUCAAAUUUUGCUGAAAACCAAGGCUUGUGUGGUGCUCCGUUGGAUAACUGUCCCAGGAGGAGGAGAUGGAGACUCAGGCUGCACAGAAUCAACGACGAGUCCAGCAUCGGAGCGGCUGUUGGUUUCGUCGUUGGGUUCGUGGUGGCCUUCUACUUCCCUCACUGGUUUGUCUUCUCCAAGAGGCUUCAUCCCUACAUCUUUCAAAUAUGGUCCAUUCCUUCUGGAAAUCUAUCUGCCAACCUGCGAAGAACAUGAGUCCAUCAACUUAUACUGAUUUCUCUCUUUAGAGGUAUUGAUUAGUUUUUCAUGCGAAUGCAAAAUAACCAAGAAAUUAGCCUUGAAUAUUAUUAGCCCUGGCUCAUUCAAGAUUCCUAAGGAAAAAAAAUGGUGAUGCCGGUGUUGAAUCCUGUAAAAGGCUAAGCGCUAAUUAGGAUGUCACGUGCAUUCCAGUCUUUAGGUUUUUUUUCAAGAGUUCUUAUCUCAUGCUAAAAAUCUUACGGAAUAAGGUUGUAAGACUACAAUCCUUAAGAAUCUCUAAAUUUUCCCCGGAAAAAGACAAACCAUCAAGCUCAAAAAAUAAUAAUACAAUAAUGGAAGACGACGAGCCAAA